AUGGCAACCUUUAAAGGAGCAGCCAAAGAAGCUCAGCGAGCUGCUUUGUUAAUGAAACAGCGUGAAAAGGAACGUCAAGAACUGGAGUUGCAGAAGCGAAAACUGGAAGCUGAAAUGCGUGUCGGUGAAAUGUCAACAAAAUUUGCAGUGCAUUACGAUGCGAUUGAGCAGCAAUUGAGAACGGAUACUAUUGGUCUCGUCACAUUGGAUGAAAUGAAGGCCCGACAAAGAGCUUUUAUGACCCAACGAGAGAAGGAGCUUGCUUUAGGUGCUAAACGGGGGUUGCACAACAAAUCGGGAAUAGGUGGGGCUGAUAAGAGAAACAAACUACAACCGGUAUUAUUAUCGUUCGCCAACGAUGAACCUGAUGAAGAAGGGGAAGACGAAAGCGAAGAUCAACCGGGCACUCAGAAGUUCAAAGACGAAUUAGAUGAAAUGAAGAAAGCAAAACCUAACGGAAGUGACUCUGACUCUCAAGAAAGAGAAUCGAAAGCUGAUGAAUCAGAAAGUGGUGUUUCAGACAAUCGAAAACGGCGUCGUUUAGGAAAAAACCCGACCGUUGAUACCAGCUUCUUACCCGAUAUAGACAGGGACGAAGAAGAAAAACGGCUUCGGGAUGAGCUCCGCAAGGAAUGGGUAGAAAAACAGGCCGCAAUCAAGGAAGAAGAAAUUAGCAUCACAUACAGUUACUGGGACGGUUCCGGACAUCGAAAACAAGUGCGAAUGAAGAAAGGGCAUUCGAUUCACCUGUUCCUCCAUCGUUGUCUUGAACAACUGCGCAAGGAGUUCACUGAACUAAAAUCCGCAACAGCGGAUCAACUUAUGUAUAUAAAAGAAGAUCUCAUCAUUCCACAUCACUACAGUUUUUACGACUUUAUCGUAACCAAAGCUCGGGGCAAGUCCGGUCCUUUGUUCUGUUUUGACGUGCACGAUGAUGUUCGCUUGCGAAUGGAUGCAAAUGUGGAAAAGGAAGAGUCGCAUGCGGGCAAAGUGUGUCUUCGCAGUUGGUACGAGAGGAAUAAGCACAUCUUUCCGGCCAGUCGAUGGGAACCUUACGAUCCGACCAAAAACUGGGAUCAAUACACCAUCUCCGACAAAAUGGCUGCGAAAAUCACUGUAAAAUGA